AUGGCCCUCGCAGUUUCAAAGGACUUCAACUGGAAUUUCGCGACUCUGGAGACUCUGAAGCACAGGCUUGGAGACAAGGAGGCAGACCAAAUCCUCAAGAACAUGCCCUACCGCUCGUAUGCCGAUCUUGUUGAAAAGGUACCUGCAAUGGGCUCCAAGAAACUUGAUGAGGAGAUGGGAUUCUUGCCAUACCAAGAUUUCCGGCCUGCAAAAAGGCGACGACUAGAAUAA